AUGUCGGAUAUACCUCCACAUCAUUCCAUUUUUAAAUGGAAAUUAUGUAUCGAGGAACCCUCGUUAGCAUAUGCAGCAAAAAAUAAUGCAAUGAAAGCCCUUUUUGCAGUGGGGAUUCCAUACCCACUAUUAAAAUUAUGGCAGGAAUACAUUGUAAACCAGAAGGAAAAGCAGAAUUUAGCUACAGCUGAGAAUGACAAUCCUUGCCCAAGUCAAUGUUGUCUAGAUUAUGUCGACCUGUUUGAACUUUCAAUACCUGGGGAUGUCUUUGGAAUAACAAAAGACAGAAUUAUUAGAAAUGAAGUCAACACGUCUUUGGAAAAGUUUGCAGAAAUGGUAAAGGGGGGACGCAAGAGAAAGGAACUUGAUUCCAAAGUAAGAAGAUUCCAAAUAUUUGAAGAGAUGGUCAUUUCUGUGAAGGAGUUGCAAAGAGAAAAUGAGAAUAUUUGUGAUGAUCUAGAAAAGUGGAAAAAAGUUACAAGAAUCUUCAGGAAGAAAAGGAGAAGCUUUAUUUGGAGAUGGUUUCGGCUUUGAAAGAGAAAGAUGAGGAGAUUAAGAAUCUGCAUGAUGAGAACAAGGAACUACUAUCUUAUAUCGACCGUCUUGAAGAAAACCACAAUUUUGUAAAUCGGCCAAAAAUAUAGCCCAUGUUGCCAAAAAAUCAAGAACUCUAAAAACUUUUCUGUCAAGAGCAAAAAUUGCACUCUGGUUUAUGGAAUCGUUUGGUCUAGAGUUAACUGAGCUGAAAGCUGUGGAACAGCAGACAGGUAUAGUCCAUUGCCUUAGUAUUGAUGACACUAAUCCAACUGAUAACAGGAAGGGCUUUGACAGCUUAUCAAGCCAAGACCAAAAAACAAUAGAACAAGUGUUGUUCCUGCUUGAUAAAUUUUGCAUUGGAGAUUCAUUUUAUCAUGAACUCACAAUGAUCAUUGAUGGUCUUCCCAAGUCAUAUCUUGUUAAACAAACAACCCCGGGUAAUGCUGAUGGUGCCCAGAUAUCAUUCACCGAUAUGCUGAAAGCUCAUGUUGAAGAAUUUGUCAAACUACAUGAUGAAGUGGAUUGGAGUAAAGGGAAAAUUCAAAUAAAACUCUCUGGUGAUGGGGCAAGAAUGACAAGAAAUUCAAGUUUUAUUUUGCUUUCAUUCUCUCUAUUUCAAAGCCAAGAUGAUGUGAUGUCUGCCAGUGAAAACCACACAUUUGCUAUUGUUAAGGGGUCAGAAAGCUACAAAACACUGAAAGACUCAUUUGGAUUGAUUUUUCAGCAGAUCAACAACCUAAUCCAAGUUAGGGCAAUCACAAUCAAUAACUCAAAAUUAAAUCUUGAGUUCUUUCUUGAGGGAGACUACAAAUUCCUACUCCUCAUGCUGGGCAUGAAAUCAGCAACAUCAAAUUUUGCAAAAUCCACAAAGAAUUCGGAUGGGUUAUGGACAAAGACUUAUAGUAUUAUAGCUCUGGCCCCCUCAAACGCACGCUACAACAAGUUAUUGACAUGGCAAAAAAGAAUGGUUCAAAGGACAAGUAUUCUUGCGACAAUGAGCCACUUAUUAAAAUUGACUUGGAUCAUGUUGUGCUAAAUGAAUUACAUUUAUUACUAAGAGUAAUGGAUGUCUUAUUAAACAAUAUUAUUCAGGAAGCUAUUUGCUGGGAUAUGAAGAAAAUUUUAAUAAAAAAAAUGUGAAAGUAAUAACACACAUCUCCUCAAUCUUCAGGCAACAAUUAGGUUAUGCGGGGUAAGUUUUGAUAUAUGGGAAAAGAAAACUGAGGACGGGAAGGCAUCUGGGCAGUAUGACUUUACAAGCCUACUUGGCGCAGACAAAAAGAACUUAUUAGCUGAACUUCCAGAUAAAUUGGCCGAUUGUCUGAUGCCUGGUACAUGUGGGGUUAAAAGCAAAGGAAUGAAUUGGUACAUGUCAGGCGCGGAUCCAGACUGAUGCAACUGAUGCGAAUGCAUCAGUCAAAAUUUUCACACGAACGAGAAUUGUCAACAUUUUAUUAAAAUAUAUUUAAAUAUUGGUUGUCUUUGAUCCAAAGUCCUUUAAAACAAUAUAUUUUCACAGGAAUGAACGUAAACAAAGCUAUAUUUCGCAAAAUAUUAUGAAAAACGUAAACGCAUAUCAAAUUUCGCACUUAUCAAGUUGUACGAUUUUGUGUCGCGACUUUAUUUCGCCACAUAUGUGUGUUUAGUUUGAUGCAUCCACUAUUAUUACAGCUCAGUGUAUGCAUCACUACGUCACGUUGGGGCCGGCAGUGCAUCACUACGUCACGUUGGGGAGAAAAGUGCAUCAGUGGCGCAGCGGUCCCGAGUCUUUUGGCCGAGUUUUCCCAACGACACGUCACGAAAACCAUUGUUUUCAUGCCUACGUAACGUUGGGAAAUGGAUGCUGACUGAUGCGUUUAGCCCGCGAUCAAAAUAAUGCGCUUUUGACUGAUGCAUUUCGCCCGCAAUCAGAACAGUCAGUGAUAAAUUUUAUGGUCGAAUUAUUAUAUAAUGGCGGGAGUAUUAAUGGAACAUUGUAUGUCGCAUUGUAUGGAAAUAUUUUACGAUCUUUGGUGGUUCACUCAAACUCACUGAGCCUCAAAGCCGUCGAAAUUAAAAGGUUUGUCAGCUAUUUCAGUAAUUUCACAAGGGAAUGUUUGGGAUCUAUGUACUGUGUUUAUAGAUGUAGAUUUAAACGAGUGAGUCUGUGUGUGACUGUGUGUUGAUAUUUAUAAUAAAUACUGUAGGUAUAGCCCGUAUAGGUAUAUUUGUCGUAGUAUAAAUAUCACAAUUUUACAAAAUUUAUUAUAUUUGAACUGUUUUAAAUAUGUCAACAUGGAUGAUCCUGUUUUGGCUGUUCACAUAUAAACACUCAAUAUGCCAUUCAGCCAUUAUAUAGUGUGUGUGUAGGGGGGAGGGGGGGAGGUUGUGUCUUAAUUUAUUUGAAAAUGCAAAUUGAAUCUAGAUGCUUGAUAAUAUUUUGCAGUUCUCCCUGAGAUUCUUACAGUCUAAGGACUCUGUCUAGGAUCCUGCAACCCUUACUAGCAGCUAUAUUCCUGGCACCUGCCGGUUACUUGGCCGGUUACUUGUUAGGUGCUGUUUCCCCAAAACACUGCUAUCUGUAUGAUUACACACCAUGCCUUGGUUGAUGCUCACACCCGACAUCAAUACCGGCACCUAAUUAGAUCCCUCCCAUAUCCAAAUCCAUCCCUGUAUGUGCAUCAUUUUGGAAUUGGGAAGCUCUUGAAGCUUCAAAACAAUAUUUUAAAGGGCAAUGUUUGGUGAUAGUGAGAUUAGUUCAGUUAUAUAUUAUCUCUAUUGUUCCAGAAUGAUCACCUAGUACCAGUCUACCAGAAGCCAUCAAUCACACUAAAUGUCAUUACAUGUAUCAGGGUUGCCCCUGCCAAGGUGAGGGGAGAGGCAUAGGGGGUGACCGGCAAAUUAUUGUGAUGCUGAAAAUAAAGGGGAUUCACAUGUUUAGGAAGGGAAUAAAUUUAGCUGGGCUCUCUCAAGUUCGGCCCCUUAAAUUUGUGAUGCUUUUCCUGACAUUGUUCAUAUGCCUUUAAAUUAUACGAUUCUCAUGACCAUGGCUCAGCACAAGGUGUUCAUUUUAAAUGUACCAGUCUAAUUAGCAGUUAUGGGACCAAAUUACUGUUCUGAUCAUUCUAUCAUUUAUUUUCAAUACAACAAAGGGUCAUUGCAUAGAAUACAUUAAUGUAGAAAUUGAUAAAUUAUCUCACUUUCAUUGAUAAGUCAAUGUACUAAUUGAGUUGAUCACAAUAUACUGCACUGCCACUGUUACUGAAGCUUGUCAAUCCUGCUCAUUCAAUCAGAUACCUACCAAGUCCAUAACUGCACUUCUCCCUGUCUAUCCUUAAUAACUUGAAACAGCAGUUUUGGAUACAUACAGCAGUCCUAGACACUCCUGAAUGUACUGUAAUUUGGGAUUGAAUGCAAAAUCUGUGGAGAUAUAUUGGUCAAUGUAUUGUAGAUAUCCAGACUUCAAAUACAGUAGAAUAAUCUAUUUUCUGCAAAUAGUUUCAAUAAUUGUUUAUUUUUAUUAUUAACUGCUCAACAACAAUGAAAACUAUUACCUAACACCCUUGAAUACUUUGAUAAUCUUACAGUAUUUAAAACUUCACACUGCAUUUGUCAAAAUGUUGGAUAUAAAUGCAUCCAUAAAUAUUAGAGUGACUAGCUCCAGAGAGGGCCUUCAUAUACAGUAACUCAAAGUUGCCCUGGAAUUAAUCCUGGAUUAUUAAAAUAAUUUAACUGGAAUUUAUGUCAUGGUGGUGCUGAUGGAAGGUAUUUGACCUGGAACAUUGUUAUAUUGAUUGAUGUUAACUGGUAACAGGAAGUGAUAAGUUACAGGAAGUGAUAUCAUUGGCAAUGAAUAUAAUAGUUUGCUUGAAGUAUUCUUAUCUAUUUUGCAUAAGAAACACAACCCUGAUCAGCUUUUCAUGUCAUUUGCACCAUAUUUUACUCAGAAAAAAUGUCUGUGGUUUUGCUUUCAAUUAUUCUAUCAGUAUGUUGUGUACAUGUAAGUAGUGUACACUUGUAUGUAAAAUUGUAAAUUAUAGCUACAACUUUGCUACUCUUUAAUCCUCACUCAAAUAGGAUCAAAUAAAUAAGGCUAGUCAAGUUUCGAUCUGAUAAAACUCCGCGUAAAAAUGUUUUCAAUUUAUUUAAAACUCACCUGAUUAUGUUGUUCUCACUCUAUAAACCGAUUUUUUACGUUUUUUUCCCCGAAAAUCCAGCAAAUUACGUUUCGAUUUUGAUGUGUGAACUUCGAAGAAAAGUUCCCUCAGAACGCAGGAAAUCGCAUUUCCGAGGUCCUAGAUUUCAAAAUUUCCCGGGGGAGGAUUCCCCCGGACCCCCCUACAAAUGCGAGGUUUAGUGCAUCAGUCAACAAAACCACUGGAUCCGCGCCUGGUACAUGUGGGGGUAAAAGCAAAAGAAUGAAUUGAACUUUUCACAUCCUUAAAAACUGUAUAUAUUCACAAAGGAUAUAGCAGAGCAGCAGUUACUCUUUACAUGCAUGCCCUAGUAUAUCAUGUGAGUAGCUAUAUCUCGGGCUUAAUGGACCCCAUUCUAUGCGCAUAAUUAGCCUAGUUAACCCUUAAUAAUAUCUGACUUACUCAAAUUAAUUUGCAUAAUCGAUGACGUAUUUUCCGAAGGUUCUCCGAUGAUGAUAAAACAACGAGGGCUUUCCGAUAAUUAAUUUGCAUAAUUGAUGACGUAUUUUCCGAAGGUUCUCCGAUGAUGAUAAAACAACAAGGGCUUUUCGAUUAGUCGCCAUUUUGUUUCAAGAUGGCGGGUGGGUUAAUAGUGGGGGUUUUAAAGGAAAAUAACACUGAAUUGAGUGUGAAUACUUUUCGUUUCCAUUUAGAAUUGCUUUUGGAAAAGCAUGGGGGUUUAUUUGAAAGCAUGAUAGUUCGUAUUGGAAGAGAGAACGCACUUGAAAAUUUGUGUGUAAUCUAUCAGGAGUUAGAACCUUCGAAUUUUGGUAGAAUUAUGGCUUACUUGACUCUAAAGUUAUUAAAGUUAGUGAUUUUUGUGAGCCUGAAAUUGUGCAAGAACAAGUGGAGAUUGCUAGGUUCGAAAUAAAACAAUCUUGGAUACAACGCUUAAUUGCAUGGUUACGCGACUAGUAACCUGGCAAAAUUUGAAUAUCACUAAUUCGGGUUGAAUAGCAAAAGUCAUUAACUGUUGUAAAUGGCUGAACACAUUGUACUUUACGACAUUGCCCAGGCCUGUCUAUGCUGACAUUGCAAGAAAACUGGCCUUAACGACAGGACAUAAGUACCAGUGUACAAAAUUAAGGAUUUUGGAAACGAAAUUCUUGAUGGGAUUUUUUUACGUUUAAAAAAGAGAAAAAUAGUAAAAUUAGUGCGGUCAUUAAACUUUAAAUACUUAGAGCACCAUCAGUGUGUUUUCGUUUGCGUCGGACUGUCAUGGACCCAAACCUAAAACCUCGCGACGCGAUGAUGUCAUGCUUGGGGGUGGUGAUAAAUUUCAAAUUUUCGCGCUCUUUUCCGUCGAGAUGGAGCAAACAAAGUGGGAAGAGGUUGUUUCUUCGUGGAUGAGUGGUAAAUCGUUUGAAUUGAGUACAGAGUGUGAGAAUGGGGUUGGUUUUGCAAUUGAAAAGGCGGAAUGGCAAAUUACAGAUUUGGAAAACAUUUUGAUUGAAAAGGGUUUGAUACCGAAAUUUAUUCGUGGGGACGAUGCCCUGUAUGAUAUAUUGAUGCGUCAAAUGCAAUCACAAUUGAUUCUGAGUGUUGUUGUUCCUAAACGAUUGCAGGGCCCUACCUUUGCUUAUUUGUCGAACUGUAAGCAGAUGCUUGUGGGUGAGAUAUUUGCAGAUAUGACAAAAAGGAAGGAAAAAUUCGAGAAGAAAACCGAUGUUAGCUUGGACAACUAUUACAGAUUGGCUGCGAGCGAAGUCGAGAAUGAGAAGAAAAGAAAAAAUGUCUGAGGAGUUACAUGAGGCGAGAAAACGUGCAAAAAAAGGUUAUAUUUAAUUUUAAAAAUUUUUACAUUUUUUAUUUAUUUAUUUAAAAUACGUCCUAGUUGUUGUUGUAGUUCUGGAAAUUGUUUUAUCUUCUUUACUGCUGGUUUUCCACAUGUUGUCAAGUGUUCAGCUGUUGCAUCUUCGAUCUUUGCGUGUUGACUUGAGAAUGUUGUCUCGUCGUUGAGGUGAACGUAUUCGUAGAUUUUGGGUUCUGUGCGGGAAUUUCUGUAUUUUUGACUAGCAACUGUUCGAGUGUUUUGUCUCGAUCUGGGUGGGCGAGAUAUUCGGCUACGGCAUCUUCUAAGUUCGGUUUGAUGCUCGUGAACUUUUUAGAAUUGUUCAGAUGAAUGUAUUCGAAGUCUGCGGGUUUCGUGUAGUACACGCGACCGGUCGACAUAAAUUCCUGCGUACCCAAUUCCUCGAUUCGUUUGAAUUUUUCUUCGAACUCGACUUUUCGCGCAUCUUCCGUUUUACGCCAUAUGUCAAGACGACAAUUCUCACAGUAUCGAGUGCGAAAAUGUAGUUUACGAUCGUGUGCAUCCGUAUGUUCGCAGUGUAGGCAUCCGUUGUUGAGACAUUCUUUUUUUGUUAGCGACAGUACGAUAUUUUUUUCGAUCGGAGUCAUUCUUUCUUCGUCGUCGCUCAUGUUUUGUAUAUUUUCUAGGUUCGGGUUUGUUUGGCGAUAAAGAGCCAUGGUGCCCUACACUUAUAAAUGAUGGGUAUGUGGAAGCUGUCAAAGGUGAAAUUGAAGAUGAGCAAAUCAAUCGUUGUGAUGAAAUUAUAAUCAUAUCUAAUUACCCUACAAAGAACGAUGAGCACAUGGUAUCCAACGGAAGUAAAUAA